UUGCCCGGCCAUCUCACUCAGUGCAAAACACAACACCAAAGCUCGAGGAAAGCGCCCAACCCGGGACAAGCACCGGCGCAUUUCCUGGCAAAUAGCUCGCCUGAAAAUCUCUUCCUUCCGUACCGCUUUUCUCCUCCCCGAAACGCUUUGCGCCGCGGCUUCCUUGCCGGAUCGAACGCCCGCACUUUCCCAUCCAACUCUUUGCUUACGACUCUCGAUCAACUUCUUAUUGUUACAUUGCAGUUCGCCGAAGAAACAGCAUACCUUAUUAGCUACCUACCCGAAGCCGCAAUGGACCACGUGCACCGAAUUCUUGCCGAGCUGUCCGGCGAGUCCCGCGAUAUUGCUCUGCGCCGUGCUCUAGAGGAGACGGCACGAGAUCAUCUGAUCCGCCUCCUCGUACACGAAGAUUACGACCAAAUACGCCUCUGGUACGCGGAUGACGUGACCAUGGUCGUCGGCCUCGAUACGACACUCGACGGAGAAAUUCUGAAGGGCCACGAGGAAAUCGCCGAGCAUUAUCUCAACGUGCACGAACAGACAGAGGUCUUGAUGAUUCCAGUCCUCACCAUCGCCGACCGAGGUCGCGUCACAGUCUACACAGAGACUUUCUACAAGUGGCUCGGCAAGGUCGACAAGGAGUCGCUGCUCGAUUCUGGCUGUGACAUCGAGGAGCCGGUCGAGGCCCCCUUCGUUGGCUGGCCUGCUGUCUCCCAUUACGACGUACUCAAGGUGCGCGAAGUUGUCGUCUUCGACCUCGACGAUCAGAUGAAGGUGAGGCGCAUCGAGUGUCGCCAGCUUGGUCAGGAUAACCUUGGCCAGGUAAGCAUGGACGCGCAGGCACAGAUGAGCGAGAAGUUGAAGGUGCGGAUCCAGGGGGAUAUCUGA